AUGGAUGCCUUGCUGGCUCGUGUUGGUGUUCAUCAUAGAACUGCUCUGCCAUACCAUCCUCAAACUAAUGGUCAAGCGGAAUUGUCAAAUAGAGAAGUCAAAAGUAUCCUUGAGAAGACAAUCAAUAGAUCAAGAAGAGAGUGGUCUAAGAAGCUCAAUGAUGCAUUAUGGGCAUACAAGACUACAUAUAAGACUCAUAUUGGCAUGUCGCACUACCGGUUAGUUUAUGGUAAAGCAUGUCAUUUGCCGAUGGAGAUGGAACAUAAAGCUUACUGGGCAAUGAGGGAGUUGAAUAUGGAUUCCACAACAACAAGAUAUCAUAGGUCUUUGAAGCUGAAUGAGAUGGAAGAGUUACGUAAUGAAGCCUACGACAACGCCAAGAUCUAUAAAAACCGUAUAGAAGCUUGGCAUGAUAAAAAUAUUGUUCGCAAGGAGUUUCAACCUGGUAGCAAGUGUUGUUGUUCAAUUCUAGAUUGA